AUGGCGCUAUAUGGGACUUCUGACGCCUUGAUGUGCAAGGCGUUCCCAACGACCCUAAGGGGACCGGCCCGCGCAUGGUACAACGGCCUGAAGACCGGGACCAUCUCUUCCUUCGACCAGCUCGCUCGAGACUUCAAGCUCAACUUCCUGGCCUACGCCCGUCCGAAGCCGUCCGUGGCGAUGCUCCUCGGACUCCACCAAAGGGAGGACGAGCCCCUCUCCCACUUCGUAAACCAUUUUACGACGCAGAUCCGAGGACUCUCAGACGCUCACCCUUCUCUAUUGAUGCAGGCGUUCAUGAUAGGCCUGCGGCCCUCCAGGUUCUUCUGGUCUCUGGUGGAGCGACCCCCCACGACGGUACCCGAGAUGCUCCAGCGGGCGAGCCAGUUCGUCGCUGCAGAGACAUGGAUGGCCGGGAAGCGCGAAGAGCACAAGAGGGUCAAGACGGAGCCGCCCCGGCAGCAGCAACCCGCUACGUCUCGGCGUAGGUUGGACAGAUCCGACCCACCGACAUCGAGGCCCCCUCUCCCAGCCUUGAACUCGUCCCGAACGGAAAUAUUCCUCCACAUAAGGGAAAAGGGACUGCUCAAAGAACCUUACCCGAUGAGGAAUCCGCGGGCGCUGGUGGACCAAUCGAAGUACUACCGCUUCCACCGGCAACAUGGGCAUGACUCUGAAUAG